AUGGAUAUAGAAAAGGGAGGAAAUGAAGGGAAAACACCGGAAAUAUCAACACGACACUUGGAUGUCAAUGGGAAAGAAAAGAAAAGGAAUAGUUCUUAUAAACAAGAAGAUCAUAAGAUGAUUCUCAAGAGCGUUUUAAAAAUGAUUCCCAUGUGCGUAGUAUUUUCUGUGUUGUCGUUAAUAUCAGCAACCGGGAGCACAUUCUAUCUACAACAAUACAACAACCUAAACACCGACAGCGUCAUAGCAAUACAAUUCUACAGCUUGGUUCAAGAUUCUUCCAAGUUUGUUAUCCCGUUCAUAUACGGUUGUUGUUUACCAAAAAAUGAGAAGGUUAAAAUUGGGGUAGGAAUAGUUUGUGGAGUUGCAAGUUGUAUUUGUGCAUGGCAACUAGAGGUUUAUAGGUUAAAAGAAGUCAGUCAUCUGGUUGAUCAAGGGGUAGAUGAUGCAUAUACUUCCAUAAGUUUUCUAUGGUUAGUACCUCAAUUUUGUUUGCUUGGGUGCAUGGAAGGGCUUAUCGACGAAGGGCUAUUAAAGUUCUACUACUCGCAAACAAAAGAAGAACAACAUCUUCCUUAUGUGAAGGAAUACAUUGCACUUGUGAUGGGCAUAGGGAAGUUGCUAAACAUUUUUCUUAUCUUAGUAUUUAAAGGAUGGUUCCAGGACACGGUCAAUCGCAGUCGGCUAGACAAGUAUUAUUUGGUUUUGGUAAUUCUUAGUUCAGCAAACUUCAUAACAUAUUGCUUCAUUGCAAGACUCUUUUACAAGGUCCAAGAGUUGACUAAUGUUGACCAGGACUUCAAAAAUGAUGAAUUACCAGAAGAAAACCAAUUAGAAUUGGAUGAAGCUGAUCAGGAACAAGGAGAGUCUGUUGGAAAUAGUCCCGAUCUGGUUAAGGUCGUUAAGUUUAGUUAA